CGACAGCGACGCAACCAGGGCAACCGGCCGGUGCUGGGCGACUGUUCGUGGUGGCGGCGCCGGACGUUUUUCCUGUGUCGGUGGAUGGCGGAUUCGUUGAAUCUGUGUUUCGAAGGAUACACAAAGUAUAGCAAGAACAACGCCGUCUGGUCCACAUGGACGUUCGACGAGCUGAUCUACGUCUAUCCGCCCAGCAUGGUCGACGAGAUCAAGGCGUAUCCCCCGGACCAGCUCAACUUUAGCGAGAUCGUCGAGGACCAGUUCCUCUGGCAUCUGUACAUGGGCAACACCCUCACCGAGCGCAAAUACGUGCACGCCGUGCAGAAGCAUCUCAUCUCGAAUCUCCCGGACAUGACCGAGUAUCUGGCCCAGACCGUCCAGGAGGCGUUGAUCCAGCGACUGGCGCCUCCGGAGCACUCGAACGGCUGGCGGGUGGUGAUGCUCUGGGACGCGUUGAUUGAUGUCGCCAACAUGACCGUCGGCCAUGCCAUGGUGGGCGAGGAGAUGGUGUCUCACCCCGACUAUCUCAAGCAUGCCACGGGCUACAUCGACACCGUGACGGGCCACUCGGUGACCAUGUUCCUGUUGCCUGCCGUCCUGCGCGAGCCGUAUUUCUGGCUCAGCAGCUGGGGCCGCCGGGCACGCAGCCACCUGCACGCCGUCAAACGCAUGGUGAUCCCGGAGCUGGGCAGGCUGCAGCGCGAGGGCAAGAGUGGUCCCAGCCGGGCGAUGGUCGAGAAGAUGCUCGCCAAACCCGUGGACGAGAUGACGCCCAAGGAGGCCGACGAGAUCGUCAACCAGAUGCUCAUCCUGACCUUUGCCGCGGCGGGCAUGUGGUGCAUGAUCCAGUGCCAGAUCGUGCUCACCUAUCUCGCGCAUCCGGAAUUCGCCCACGAGCUGCGCCAGGAGAUCACCCAACAGCUGGCCAUCCACGGCGGCUGGACUCGCCAGGCCGUUGCUGCCAUGCCGAAACUCGACAGUUUUCUCCGUGAGACCCUGCGCUGCUCGCCUCCCAUCAUCUAUACCAUCCAGCGCAAGGCGAUGAAGGAGCUCGUCCUGUCCGACGGCUCUGUCCUCCCCCCCGGCCAGAAGCUGAUGAUCCCCACGUUGUCGCUGCUGCGCGAUCCAGCCAUCUAUCCAGACCCGGACACAUUCAACCCGUGGCGAUGGUAUGACGCCAAAGAGAACAAGACCAAACUGCAGGCCGUCACGCAAACGGCGGAAUUCCCAGUCUUCGGCUUCGGCAACCAGACAUGUCCAGGCCGUUUCUUUGGCCUCCUUCUCACGAAACUCACCUUUGCCCAGCUCAUCAUCGACUAUGAAGUCAAGUUUGUGCCGGAACGCAAGGGGAAGCCCGUCGACUGGCCUAUUGGGGCGGCCUUGAUGCCUAACCUGGACACUUUUGUAGCGAUGAGAAGAUUACCAGGCCAUAGAUAG